AACUCAAAAAAGUGAAUAAUUUGUUAGUUUUCAAUUACAUCUUCAACCAUGCAUAUACAAACACAAUCCCAAAAAUUUCUCAAUUAAUCUUCUCUACUGAUUCACAUUCUUACCCCAAAAUUCAUAUUUUAAAACACUCUAGAAAUCAAUAAUUAAGCACCAUGUUAAUCUCAUCAUCACACAAAGUAAUCACUUUCAUAAUCUUAAUCUUCAUAUUGGGCCCAAGCCCAAUUCUAUCACGAGACGCACACGUCAUCAACUUCCGAUCACUCAAUCUCUACCCUGAAUCCCUCGCGUGGGACCCACGCGCUCAACAUUUCCUCAUCGGAUCUCUCCGUCAACGCAUCAUCACCGCCGUCUCCGACGCCGGCGUCGUUGAAACCUUCAUCUCCGACACUACCCUCCCUUCCGAUGUCUCCUUCCUAGGAAUCGCCGUUGAUUCCUCCCGCAACCGUCUCCUCGCCGUCGUUCACUCCCAUCCUCCGCUCCCUCCUUUCAACGCCCUCGCCGCAUACGACCUCCGUUCCCGACGCCGUAUCUUCCUCUCUCCCCUCCCUCCCGACGACGACGAAUCUGCCCUCUCCGAACUCUCCGCCGCCAACGACGUCGCCGUCGAUCACACUGGCAACGCAUUCGUAACAAACUCUGCCGGAAACUUCAUCUGGAAAGUAACCGUCAAUGGAGACGCUACAAUCUUCUCAAAAUCUUCACUAUUCACCUCGCCGGCGAACAAUCACAAUCACACUACCGCCAACAACCUCCUAGGUCUCAACGGAAUCACCUACGUCUCCAAAGGCUACCUUCUCGUAGUCCAAACCAGCACCGGGAAGCUUUUCAAGGUAGACGCGGUGGACGGCACCGCCAGGACUGUCUUAUUAAACGAGGAUCUCAUUGGGGCCGACGAUAUCGUUGUUCGCGACGACAAUUUAGCGGUGGCGGUGUCGCCGAAGAAUAAAAUGUGGUUGAUGAAGAGCAUGGAUAGUUGGGGAGAAGGAGUGGUGUAUGAGAGAAAGGAGAUUAAUAUUCAGCGGUUUCCGACGUCGGUGACGGUUGGAGCGAAAGGAAGAUUGUAUGUGUUGUAUGGACAUUUGAAUGAAGGGAUAUUGGGAGAUUCUGGAAGAGAGAAUUUUGGUAUUGCUGAGAUUAGGUCAAGAGAAGGACAAGAUGAACAUGUUUGGAUUUUUCUUUUGAUUGGUGUUGGAUUUGCUUAUUUCUUGUUUUGGAGGUUUCAGAUGAAAAAUCUUGUAAAGAAAAUGGAUCACAAAAUCAAAUGAUCGCGUCGGUGGCUGUCUGGACUCAAGUUUCUGCUAAAAUCUUCCAUUUGCAACCAUCAGGGAAGCAUCACAUGAAGCUUCAGUUUCUGAGAGAUCCAGAUCACUCAUGUUGUUCAAGUCCUUCUUUGCCAAUAUAUUGAUGAUUUGUGUUGGUUGCCUCUUCUAAAACUGUGUAUUGAACAUUAUUUUUUAAUGUGGAGAAUUUUGUAAAAGUGCUCAAGCAAGAAGGGAGAAAAGGUGCACGUGUGUGCACAAGCGAGCACAUGUUCUCAAGUUUUCCUUAUCAUGGUACCUUUUUUACUUGUUUCAUUUCAUUCUCAAUGCAGCAAUUUUUAAUUAUCCUGUAACUGUAUGCUCUUAAUUACAUAUUCAUGUUCUCUAGUUAA